AGGCGUGGCAACUGUGAAAUGGGCGUGGCCUUCGCGUGCUAUAAAAGGCGGCGCCCCCUUCUCACCCCCCUGCUUCUGUCACGAGCAACGAGCGUCGAUGGACCCCCCAUCCCUCCCCCGCGACCUGGAGCUGUCGGCGCUGGAGGCCGAGAAGGAGCCGAUGGCGGCGGCCGAGGCCGAAGAUUCGGGGACCCCCCCCCGGGAAUCCCCCCGGGAAUCCCCCCACCGCCCCCACCCCCACCGGGACCCCAUCCCACCCCCCCAGCUCCUGGGGGGAGGAGGGGGAGGGGAGAAGAACGGGCUGGUGGUGAAGAUCCCCCCCGAGGAGGACGAAGGCGACGAGGCCUCAGCGCUGGGAGGAGGAGGAGGAGGAGGGGGUGUCGUGCCCGGGGGGGCUUCGGGGAGCCCCAAAUUCACGGGGCUGGGCAAGGAGGAGCUGCUGAGGGAGGCCGGGACCCCCCCCUGGGCCCGUGCCCGCCGGGUGCUGCUGGUGCUGUUCUGGGGGGGCUGGCUGGGAAUGCUGGGGGCGGCCGCUGCCAUCGUGGCCCAGGCCCCCCGCUGCCAACCCCUGCCCCCCAAAACCUGGUGGGAGCUGGGGGCGCUUUACAGGGCCCCCCCAAAGGCCUUCGGGGGAGACCUCAAAGGUGUGGGUGAACACCUGGCACACCUGGCGGAGCUGCAGGUGGGGGGGCUGGUGCUGGGCCCCCUGUACCCCCCCAAGCCGGAGGACCCCGAAAAUCCCGGGAAAACCCAAUUCCCAGACCUGGGGGACCUGGACCCCGAGCUGGGCACCGACGAGGACUUCGAGAAGCUGCUGAAAGCUGCCAAGAAAAAAAAGAUUCAGGUGCUCGUGGACCUGACCCCCAACCCCGGGGGGGAUCCCGUCUGGGGGGGCUGGGCCUCGGACCCCGUCGUGCACCAGAGGGUCAAGGACGCGCUGACCCUGUGGCUGGAACGAGGAGUCUCCGGAAUCUUCCUGGAUGGGAUCGAUGAGCUGGAGGCGUCAGUGGUGGCCAAGUGGAGGAACCUGACGGAGGAGUCGGGACCAGGAGGAGCCUCCAGGGUGCUGGUGGGGGGCACCCGCCUGCGGGACCCUCAGGAGGCCCUGAACAAGACGGGGGGGCUGGGGCUGCUCGUGGGGCCCUUCCUGAAGGUGGUGGAGACCGACGCGCCCGGGGAGGGAAUGGCCAGGGAGCUGCGGGAGCUGCUCAGGUCCCAAACCGGGCUGGGCUGGACUAUGGGGACCCCCUGGGAGGCCUGGGGGAGCCCCCUGAGGACCCCCCAACUGCUGCUGCUGGUCUGGGGGCUCCCCGGGACCCCCGUGCUGAGCUACGGCGACGAGGUGGGGCUGGCCCGGCCCCCCGGCAGCAAGCCGCCCCCGAUGCCCUGGGAGCGAAUCCAGAAACUCCAGGAAAGCAAGAACGGCUCCGAGUGGCAGGUUCUGGAGCUGUGCCGGGCCCUGGGCGGGCUGCGGGCGGGGGAGCGGUCGCUGUCGCUGGGCGGGGCCGAGGUGUUGCCGGCGGGCGGGGCCGUGGCCGUCCUGCGCCGCUGGGACCAGAACGACCGGUUCCUGCUGGUGCUCAACCCCCGCGGGGACCCCCUGGGCCGGGUCAGCCUCCCCCAGGCCCUGCUGCCCCCCAGGGCCACCCUGCGCCUCAGCACCCACCGCAGCGGCCCCCAGAGCUCCGAGGUGGAGCUGGGGCAGCUGCAGCUGCAGCCCUACGAGGGGGUCCUGCUCAGCUUCCCCUACGACGCGUAGGGGACCCUCCCUUGGCACCCCAAAAAUGCCUCACACGCUCCCCCCCCACACACCCAGCAGCACAAAACUGCCUUGCUGACCCCACCCCACCCCCCCCCCAGCACCCCAAAAGGGCCUCGACACCCCCCCAUCCCCAGCACC